GCACCACCUACUGUCAGGCUCACGUGCGCCCACUCGGCUUCUGUCGGCUUCUCCUGCUCGGGUGUUUCCGCCGUCGGUGGCAGAGCUUCGGCUCCACUCGGCUCUUUCCGCCUCGGCUGGCCGUCGCCUUCGGCCCCGCACGCGCCGGCGGCCCGGUCGGCCCUGCCCAUGUCGGACGUGCUGGCUGCCGCCGCCGGCUCCCGCUUCGAGGCCCUGGCUGCCGGGGCGCCGGGUGGACCCGCGGCGCAGGGCCCCUCAGAAAAUGAAGACUUAGCCCAAAAGACAGAGCCUGCAGAUCAGCUGAUUGAUUCUGUGGAGUCCAGUACUUUGCAGAGCAGGUCACAGGCUGGGUCGCUCGUGGAGGCAGGCACGACAGAGGAUUCCAAGGAAGGAGCUGGCACUUUGGAGGACAGGGAAGUGUCUGAACUAGAAGAAAAACUGCCUGAUGAAAUCCAGUCCCUGAAAAAGGAAGCUGUUGUUCGAAUGACCAACUACCAUGUACCUCAAGGAGCAGGAGAUAUAGUCAUGAUUCAGUCAGAUCACACUGGUGCUGUGGAUAUCCUUUCAGCUGAGCUGGAGACUGCAGGUCUCCUUGGUGGACAGAAGAAAGCUCAGCCUCCCCCUCUGGCUCCACCCACCAUGUGGACCACUGAGAAGACAAAGGAAUUCAAAGCCAAGGUGGGAAGAGAAAAGAAUGGCCGGAUGGUGGUAAAGCGAGGCGAGGUGGUGACAGUCCGUGUGCCAACCCAUCCUCAUGGGAAAUGCAUUUGCUGGGAGUUUGCUACAGAUGACUACGACAUUGGUUUUGGAGUCUACUUUGACUGGACCACAGUUACUAGCACUGCCAUUACCGUUCAGGUCAGCGAAUCCAGUGAUGAGGAAGAUGAAGAGGAGGAGGAGGAAAAUGAAGGACUCGCCCCUGUUGGUGAUGUGGAAAGAGGCUCCAAAAGCUAUCUGCGGAACCGCUACGGAGAGAUCAUGCCAGUAUACCGGAGGAACAGCCAUCGGGAGGUGCAGGCAGGCAGCCAUGAGUACCCAGGCGAGGGCAUCUACCUGCUGAAAUUUGACAACUCAUACUCUCUCCUCCGCAAUAAGACUUUGUUCUUUCAUGUCUAUUACACUAGCUGAACUAAAGGGAAGGGCAGGGACGGCAGGCAGGUAAUGGUGAAUGUAGAAGGCUGCCACCCAACCCUGGUACUGCCUGAUGGGCACUGCUGCGUGAUGGAACCAAGGCACAAUUCUGCUGGCUCUUCUUCGGACACUAAAUGGUUUCUCCCCACACCCUCCUUCCCUUCUGUCCCAGUGGUGAAAGGUAGCUGUGUCUGCCUGGUUGUCUACAGGCAGCUGCUUUUUCUGUAAAACUUUGGGAGAUCUGCUCUGUGCAGGCAUCAGGCUGGGCCUUCAUGUCGUAGCUGGUAAAUGCCCAGAGGCCAAGUUCAGGUGGUCAUGGUUUCAAUCUGUUGCGCUGGUACAAAAUGAAGUGAAAAUAUUUUUGAUCCGUUACUAUUUUGUGACUAACUUUUCCAACUUUCCUGCUGUAUCUGCGUCAUUAGAGGGUAGCUGUCAGUUGCAGUGAGCCAAAGCACAGCUGGCUUGUCACCUAGCCACCUAGAUGUCAUCACCUACCACCACUACAUGUCACCAGCACCUAGUGCUUCCUCCACUCGUGCGGGUGGGGGCGCAGCUGGCUAGCGGAAGCCUCUGCUGCAGUGGCUUGGCCGUGCUACAACAGGCAGCCCCGAACAGCAGUCACAGCACGUGUUCGAGCAGGGGUGGGAGAGAGGAUGCACACCUACAAGUCCAUAAGAAGGUUUCCCUACAGAUUAAAAAUUGGAUGUUACACCUGUUGAUUGUAGGGGUAUGCAGAUGAUUAAAACUUCGGUGACUGCCAAAAGCUUUUCUAUAAUCCAGAUGCGAAGAAGAAAUUACUGCUGUGCUGAGUAAAUAUGAGAAGGUUGGAGUGCAGCCAAAAAAUAGGAAGUAUUUCACAGUAGCAGCGUGUUGGUUCACUGGUAUUGCUGCCAGCUGGAUAAUACUGUAUGUAGCAAGGAAAAAAGGCUCCCCAGAGAAGUGUAGCUUGUCUGCUACUAUUGCUGUUGCAAAGGUAUUGUUAGAGAAGAACAUCUCUGCUCAGAAACUUGAAAGAUAUGGGAUUUAAACAAUCCUUUCUGUGUACAAGAAUCAGCAAGGCCAUUGCUAACCCUGAUUAUGUGGUAAAGGGUGGAGUUCCUUGGCAUGUUUUUGUGGCUAAUGGUGGCAUUGGUGAUCACCUUCUGCUCAAAUACUGGCAGAGUUGAACAAGGAUUAAGUUAAUCCUUCAGAGAUGAAUUUUGAAUCAUGUUUAUCUGUAACUUGUUUAUUUUAAUACUUUUAAAUUGAAAUCUUUCUCUUUUCUAAGAAUACUGCUGUAUUUACAUUUUUUUAUACCUCUGCAGAGACACAAAAUAGCUGUUUGCAUGGUAAUUCCAGUAGAAUUCUGAGUUUUAAAUCCUCCAGGUAAAGCACCCUUACUUGUUCCUUCUAUUGAGAGGAAUGAUGGACAAACUGAUUUUGGGUAGUUAAAGCCAAAGUCUUCACUCUUGUAAGAGGAGUGCAUAUUUAUUAUUAAGGAUAUAUUGUAAUGCUGUGCAAUUUGCUCAAUAUUCAAGCUCUUAUUUUAACUAUCUCUGUUUACUUAUUCUCUACCAUGGAGCAAUUUAGUAGGUCAAAAUGGUAAGAGAGAGAUUAGUCAGUCUACAAUAGAGCAGCCCAAGCUGGGAGCAGGAGGAGUGGAAAUGCAAAGAACACUGAUUGCAGCACAGUGGUUUUCUGGGUGAGCAGACAGGGAGCAGAGUUGGUCAGUGUAAAGAGCAGAGCUGUUGCUGCUUUGGGCUCUGAAAAAGCAAGCAC